AUGGCAACAGUCAAAAUGAAAGCUGAUCAGAAGAAGACGAUUCUACUGGAAAUAAUCCGGGGAAGCAGAUCGUUCUUUAAGUUGCAGGAACUAGAAAACCUAGGUUCGAAGAAAGGGAUAGUAGCAAACACUAUCAAGGAGAUUUUGCAGCAGCUCGUUGAUGAUGGACUUGUCACUGUUGAGAAGGUCGGGACCUCAAAUCUAUAUUGGUCAUUCGCAUCUGAGGGAGUUCAGAAGAAGAAUCUGAAAUUCAAAGAGCUUGUCGAGGAAUGUAAAAGCAUGUCUGAGGAGAUUUUAAAGAAAAAAAAACACCUGGAGAAUGAAAGGAUAUCCAAGAACUACACUGAGGAAAGAAAGGAAUUAGAGAGUAAACUAAAUGCCCUAGCAAAGAUAGAAGAGGAACAAAAGGAGGAACUAAGCAAAUUUGAGGAGACAGACCCCACGAUCUAUGAUAAAUUUGUCGAUGAUAGAAAGGAGAUAGUUGAUGAAUACAACAAAAUUAUUGAUAAUAUCUUUAUUAUACAGGAUUACGUAUGCAACAAGUUUUCGAUGGAGAAGCCGGAGUUUAACAGUAACUUUGGGAUUCCUCAAGACUUGGAUUAUAUUCAGUGA